AAUUUAGUCCUUGAUGUUUGUUUAUUUUUUGCUGAUCAAAUGUCUAAAAACUUCUGUGAACCCUUCUGAAUGCUCCGAUUUCGCUGCAUUUUGAGCACUUCGAGGUCGAUCAUGUCUGGCGUCAAGGAGUUCGACUAUUUGGUGAUUGGUGGAGGAUCUGGAGGUAUCGCUUCUGCUCGGCGUGCUCGUGAAUUCGGAGUUUCCGUCGGGCUCAUCGAAUCUGGACGUCUCGGAGGAACUUGCGUCAAUGUUGGAUGUGUUCCGAAGAAAGUUAUGUACAAUUGCUCUCUCCACGCCGAAUUCAUCCGGGACCACGCUGAUUACGGAUUUGAUGUGACGCUUAACAAGUUUGAUUGGAAAGUGAUCAAAAAAUCGCGAGAUGAGUACAUCAAACGACUCAAUGGUCUUUAUGAGAGUGGACUGAAAGGAUCCUCAGUCGAAUAUAUUCGAGGACGUGCAACUUUUGCAGAAGACGGAACUGUUGAGGUCAACGGAGCGAAGUAUCGUGGAAAGAACACGCUCAUCGCUGUUGGAGGAAAGCCAACCAUUCCAAACAUCAAAGGAGCCGAACACGGUAUUGAUUCCGACGGAUUCUUCGAUCUCGAAGAUCUGCCAAGCCGGACCGUUGUCGUUGGAGCUGGUUAUAUUGCCGUAGAGAUUGCUGGAGUUCUCGCAAAUCUUGGUUCAGACACGCAUCUUCUUAUUCGUUACGAUAAGGUUCUCCGCACAUUUGACAAAAUGCUCAGCGAUGAACUUACUGCUGAUAUGGACGAGGAAACGAAUCCACUUCACUUGCACAAAAAUACUCAAGUCACAGAAGUAAUCAAAGGAGAUGAUGGUCUUUUGACAAUCAAGACAACGACUGGAGUCAUCGAAAAGGUUCAGACUUUGAUUUGGGCCAUCGGAAGAGAUCCACUGACAAAAGAGCUUAAUCUGGAACGUGUUGGAGUGAAAACCGACAAAUCUGGGCAUAUUAUUGUCGAUGAGUACCAGAACACAUCUGCUCCAGGAAUUUUGUCUGUUGGAGAUGAUACUGGAAAGUUCCUUCUCACACCAGUCGCAAUUGCUGCCGGACGUCGACUCUCUCAUCGUCUGUUCAAUGGUGAAACUGAUAAUAAGUUGACUUAUGAGAACAUUGCCACAGUGGUUUUCAGUCAUCCACUUAUUGGAACCGUCGGACUCACGGAAGCUGAGGCCGUUGAAAAGUACGGAAAAGACGAAGUUACCCUCUACAAAUCUCGCUUCAAUCCAAUGUUGUUCGCAGUCACCAAGCACAAGGAGAAGGCCGCGAUGAAGCUUGUUUGUGUCGGAAAAGACGAGAAAGUCGUCGGAGUCCAUGUUUUCGGAGUUGGAUCCGAUGAGAUGCUCCAAGGAUUCGCUGUUGCUGUCACAAUGGGCGCCACGAAGAAACAAUUCGAUCAGACUGUCGCGAUUCACCCAACUUCUGCCGAAGAGCUCGUUACUAUGCGAGGAGGUGUGAAGCCGGAAUAAUUUUUUAUUUAUUUAUUACAUUUUUAAAUUUGGAUCAAUUUCUUUUGACUUUCUUGUAGAUAAAACAUUGCAAAAUUUAAAA